UAAUAUUAGUCGACCGUUUAUUCACGUUAAUAGCUUUUUAUCUGAACGGGGAGGGGAAAUGCAACGUUCCGUUUAUCUUGACGACUGGCAGCGUUCCCCUUUGUGAACCAGAGGGAUGCGGACAAGAGGUGAUGGAAUCCUGCUGCUGCACUGUUCUCUCCCUCUCCCAAUUUUGGCUUCUCAUGUCUUCUUUAAUCUGGUCGAAGGAUCUCCGACUGUUUCCCGUGCCCGUGUUGCGAUGUUUGGGGUCAGAGAUAGCAUCUUUUUAAUUGCUGACAGUUGUCGCUGGACCUGCAUAAACUCCUUCUCAUUGCCAUCCCUUUUAUUUCCAUUUCUGCUUUUGUCGAUGAAACCUGUCCCAAUCUCAGCAGCGCAGCAAGAUUCCCUCUUUUGUCGUUUCAUAUUCCUUGUGCUCGUGGUUUAUGUCUUAAUCUUAUCAUCAUAUGUCUUAGUCGAAUAGUAGUAUAUGAAGGUCUUGUUCUGAUAAGAUGCAAUCGUACUGCUCAGGGAGUUGUCGCCAUAUCAAUCACGCUUCUAUAUCUG